AUGUUCUGGCCAACUCUAAUGUGUAUAUCGUUGGUCGCUGGCUGCAGAAUGGGUAAAUUCGUGAAGCAGGAAGGUGUAGCCUUAGAGAAUCAUGUUAUAACAGUAGUGACUGCCGAUCACCCUGUCAAGUGUAAACAUGAUUGCCUGGAUACGCCACUCUGUUUCUCCAUCAACGUGCAUGCGCAAACGCUACCAUCAGGUUGGAUCAAGUGUGAUCUAAACAAUUCUACACGAGCCGCUAACCCGGAGAAUUUAGUACAGCGGGCAGGGUACUGGUACCAUCAGAUGACGGUAAGCGUCAUUACAAUACAUAUGGGCUUGACAGCCCCGUUAUUGGGUUAUUGACCAUAGAGAUUUAUUCAGUGAAUAGUGCUAUCCACCUUUCAUCAACUGGGGCCAAUUGAAAGUAACAACAAUUUUAAACGUGUAUUCGCCUUACUUCAAAUUUCCUCUUUUAUUUUUAUUUUUUUUUUUCAUAAUCUUUUUCAAUUUGUCAAACUUAGGCGAGUUUUCCGGAAGUUGAAUCCUAUAGGGCGAAACCAGGUUAAGAAAGGAAAAGAAACCUCGCUUUUAUAAUAUUAUGUUUUCAUAAAGUAUUCCAUUAGGAAGUUUCAGAGGACCUCACGGGUAAACAAAAAGUGAGAUGCUCUUUCAAAGUUCACGUUUUGCUGAUUCAAACAGUUUACGAUCUCAUUGUCGUCGCUUUUUCUUAGGCUUAUUAACUUUCUAUUUUGUCGUCGACAUCGACAUCAUCAUUAUCAUGAUCUUAAAUAUCAACAAGAGCGUCAUAACAUUCAUGAUGCACCGCACGUUCUAACAAAAUGCAGUUGAUAGCCGAUUAAAAGAAUUACUUAUUGCUUCUUUUGGCUUUAACCGUAGGAAGUUGAGCACUGUACGGCAGAUCGAUGCAUUUACAAAGAUGGUAAGACAUUAAGUUGGUUAAUUUUAGCAAAAUGUAGCUGCAAAUUGUUAAUAAAAAAUUUCAGCCUUUCCAGAUGGUUGGUUCCUCUUUGAUUCCAAAAAACUGAAGAUUUUUCUGGAGAGGAAGACCUGGGGAAGAGCAAGAAAAUACUGUCAGUCUAUUGGCGGAGACCUCUUGUCAAUCAACGACGUGGAAAAGAAUGAGUUUGUCUCUUUAUUGAUUGAAAAGCUGUUACCAAAUGCGUCUGCAGGUUAGAUUUAUUCACUAAGGCUUAACAGUUUACUCAUAGUUAAUUGAGUGGAAUGGUUAUGAAACCCGUCAGACUCCUUUGUUAUAUGUUUUUGUGGACCUGAAAGUGCACAACGUUCAAAAGAAUUCCUAUCAUUUUGAUUGUAUUGACCAAUAAAAACGUUUCGUAACAAUUUGCCAACAGAAAACAAAGGAUUGUGCACUUUCAGGGUGCUUCCAACAUAAACUGUAGCACUGUUGUUUUUAUCAUUGAUGUUUGCCGCUUUUCAUAACCAGUCUCCUCUAAUAACUAUGGUUAUUAAAAUCAAAUCAUAUCAAAGCAGUUUGGAUGGACGUUACUUUGCGUUACUGACCAAGCUUGAUUAAUUAAUAGUUAAUUAAUUAAUUGAUUUAUUAAUUAUUUAAAUGAGCAAGGCGAGGGUAGGCUCAAAUUAAGGAGCUUCCUGUGCAUUAAAACGAUUAACCGAUGCCCACUAUACCUACUAUUUCGGGGAAAAGAACGGUUUAUACUCCAAAUCGCUUCGAUUUUCUCGAUAAAGUAAUUUAUCUACCCACGCCAUUAGCAUUUUCUUGAUCGAUUAAAUUACCUCAAAUACCAGCCAGCUUGAAACAGUCAGACUGCGGAAUGGGUAUAAAACGCAAACUGGUCAUUAAAACGUUCAAUUCACUUCAUCUUGCUCUCUAGCACAGCCAGCCGUUAUGCUUGUUGUCAUUGUUAAAGUUGCUUUUUGUUUGUGUGGUUAUUUCUUUGAUUUGCAAAGAAAUUAAGCAAGUUUACUCUGUUCAAAAACUCGAAUUAAAUUAAGGUAAAAUCAAGUUUAAAACUGCACUUCCGGGUGGCUAAUAACCUUUGGUAAAAUGCAAAAAGUAUAAAAUGCACUUUUUAAUUUUUCUACUAAAGGCUUUAAUUCAAGUGACAUUAUAGCACACUGGACACUGGAUGGAACUGAUUCUGACGUGAAGUGAGUGGAAUGUUUAUUUUUAACUUUUUCACCAUCAACAGAAAACAUUGACGCGAUAUGUAACACCUAAACUAAACAACUGAAGGAAUGAAACACCAAGUUUCAGAAAAGGCAAAUUCAGAGAAAUGUUUCUACGCCGUAUCUACAUACACCAGUUUAUAUAAAAUGAUCUGAAGUUUGGUCCACAACCAAAAUUGAAUAUAACUAUAUUUCUGUAAAUUAAUCAAGUUUAUUUAAAAAACUAUAAAUUAUUGUUUCCCUUAUUUGGAGUAAAUGCUCGUCUCACCCUGUUGGUUUCCACCUUUUGUUAAAACAGUCUCAAAAACGGAUCAAUAUACAAAGAAGAAGACGGUUUCCCAUCUAUGUACCUUAAUGGAUCGGGUGAAUAUGCAACAACCCCUGCAGUGGACUUCGGAAUUUCAAGUUUUACUAUCGCUAGCUGGGUCAAAAUGCCAAGCCCUGUUAGUGAUCCCUCGCCGCUUUUCUCCGAUUGGCAUGGAGACAUUAAAUUUCUCUUCUAUGCUCUCCUACACGGCAAAGUGGACUUUUUCGGUUUUGAUAACCUCGGGAAAUUCAAUCCUAAACUGUCAGCAGGGUAAGGAUUAAACAACCACCUGGAGUUAUUUUGAGAGAAGGAAAAGAAAGGGAGAAAAAAGAAAAGGAAUAAAUGGAUAGAAGAUGAAAAUGUUCAUAUGACGGAUCCAAAUACUACUGUGCUUUUAAGUUUGGGACAGUGACGUAACAAUAUACUCACUCUGACGUCACCUAUUGUUAUUAAUGUGCCUACCAGGACAGCAUUGGCUCUUUAAACAAAAUUAUUUAUUGUUUCACUUGUUACAAAUUUGAAUAACAAAAACAAUGUUUCGGUAAAAAGUGAUGUCACUCUGUCAUUUUGUCUGCUAUAACACAAGAGAAAAUCUCCACAGUCACUUAACGAACCAGAAGCUGGGCGUAUUUGAUUCUGUUCGCUAGUCUAAUCAAAUUAUUAUGUUCUCGUUCAUUUCUGUUUUAGUUUUGUUUGUGUGCAAUCAUUUCAAAGUCAAACGAAAAUCGUUGUAUACGGAUGAGGACCGUAACAACCUUUGAUAUUGCAGGUCACCCCCUGUAGAUAAAUGGUUCCACUUGGCGGUAGCGUGGGACCAAACUGUAAACGAAGCUUAUAUCCUGCUAAACGGUUCCAAAAUUGGAGUUGAACCUCAAACAGCGGGUACGCACUUGAGAAACAAUUCCCAUUCAUCCUACGACAUUGGCUUGAAGAGGGACGGUCCCACGUACAUGAGGGGAUAUAUCAGGGAUCUUAUGAUUAUCGGAAGAGCUGUUACUGUCGAGGAAAUUGCUAGUAUAACAGGUAAUUCGUUACAGGUAAUACAUCCUUUAGUAGCUACCUUCACAAGGGACCCCUCCCAGAGGGAAGUCAAAGAAAUUAGCAGAUCAGGAGCUUUCAAAAACGCUGCCAUCUACUGUUUCAACUAAUAUGGAUCCGCCCGUUUAUGCGACCCUUUUUUCAUCCGCAAAUAAAUUAACAAACCAUCAAACCAACGUUGAACAACAAAACAAUCUUGAUAGCGGCUACAUUUCAUGUUGUGGCAACAUUGAAACAACAUAAAAAGUUUAAAACUUAAAAGUACACGACGUUUCAGUUGUCGGGAAACAAAGUUGAAGAUGCUGAUUAAUUUUUUACGUAUGAAUUCACCUGUCAAAAUUUUGACCAAUCGGAGACUAGAUGGAGCGUGACGAAAAACUUUACCAAGCUAAAAGCACAUCCUUAAUUUAUUUUUUCAAAGUUUUUUUGUCGUCAGUCAAACAAACGAAAUUCAAGAUCUUAAAUUGAAAAUUCCAUCCAAUCGGAGACUAGAUGGAGCGUGACGAAAAACUUUACCAAGCUAAAAGCACAUCCUUAAUUUAUUUUUUCAAAGUUUUUUUGUCGUCAGUCAAACAAACGAAAUUCAAGAUCUUAAAUUGAAAAUUCCAAUUGGCUGCGCCAAGGUGCACUGUUUGACGAACGCAAGCUAAAUGUCUUGGAUUCUAGUCCCCUCCCUUGCAGAUUCAACUUACACCCUCCCUACUAGAUCUUACGUACGCGGGCUUGUGCUGACGUCAUAACGAAAUUUCCUUGCAUCUAUAACUUUCCGUUUUUCUAUAGCAAUGGAGGCUCCGGUGUAAUUUUGCAAAAAGAAGUUAAUGCAUAGCAUUGGGCGUUACAUUUAGUCACCCUCUGCGUAGACUGCGAGCAGUCUCUCUUUUUCUUCAGAUUUAGUGAGAGCAAAUGCACGGGCGCGGGAGCCGCGAAGCCGCGAGACGCGCAUGGUCAUUUGCGUGUCUCGAGUUUUGCUCGACGGACUACACAAAAAAGAGAGACUGCUCGUAGUCUACCCUCUGCGAGAGUAAUUGUCUAACUGAAUUUGUGCGGUCCUUUACAAUAAAAAACUCAUUUUGGAUAGAUUUAUAUCCAGCUUCACAGUUUUUUUGCUAAAAUAUAGGUUACCAACUUUGGUCCUUGUUUUCUUACUAAGUAUGUAAUAGCCCAUUUGUUAUUAAGAACCGGAGCUCACAUCCUUUGGACUACCAUUCGAUCUUCAUGCCAGCAUGAAAACUCCAUCUAUCACGGAAACUCCAUCUUCACUCGCCUUUCUGUAGCUUUGGACGUUGCUCUCAUCAAAUAAACGCUUGCUCGGUCAGGUAGAACUUAAAAACGUCGUAGAGAACGUCACUGUCACGUGAUAUGGAAGAUAUAUGUCGAUCCAUGGCGCGUGACCGCACAUGUUUUGCCAAAUUCUAGCCGAGAAUAAAGUUGUACGUUUACGACAAGUUACGUUUUUGGUUCAAAAACUUUCUUUACACAAUCGGAAAACCACCCCUUAAUUGCCUCUUCCCCCGCCACCACUUUCACCAGUCAUGAUACCUCCGAACAAAUGAAGAAGUCAGCUUAAACGCGUUGGUCUUCAUAAUGUUUUAUUUACUUCGGCAGAUCCAAAUAACGAACCAUACGGUGGUGUUUGGAUCGGGUUAAAUGAUGUUGUCACGGAAGGAUCUUUCCAUUGGUCUGAUGGAAGUCAAUUGACCUACUCCAAGUGGGCUACCGGCCAACCAGACAACAAAAACAGUUACCAGAACUGUGUAGAAAUGGUGGUUCACGGAGGCAACUGGAUGGACACAAGUUGUGGAAGACAACUUCCAUUUAUUUGUCAAAAGGAUGUUUGA